UCCUACUGGCUUUAAAGUUCAGAGCUUCCCCUAAAUUUCCACCUUUAAACACAAAAACACAUCGUCUCUCCUUCCCUGCCGCCCCCCACAAUGAGCAUCGAAGUCAACACCUGCAGCUCAAACAAAAAUCACCUCCACUUUCUUCUCGUCCCUCUCCUGGAACAAGGCCAUAUGAUCCCCAUGGUCGACCUCGCCCUUCUCCUCGCAUCCCACGACACACUCGUCACUUUAGCCACUACCCCCGUCAACUUGGCCCGCAUCCGACCCAUCGUCGAUCGCGCCGCCCUCUCCUCCCUCCCGAUUCGCUUCGCUUCGCUCCACUUCCCCGUUGCCAACGCCGGCCUCCCCGAAGGCUGUGAGAAUGCCGACCUCAUCCCCUCAGUCGACCUCUUCCUCCCAUUCUUAAAAGCUCUAUCUCUCCUCCGCGAACCUCUCGAAGCCUACCUGCGCAACCCAGACAGUUCCGCAUGGCCCAAGCCUUCCUGCAUCAUCUCCGACAGUCUUCAACACUGGACCGCUGAUAUCGCCCGCUCCUUCGAAAUCCCCCGCAUAAUCUUUCACGGUCCCUCCUGUUUUUUUCUCCUCUGUUACCGUCUCAUCCACCAACAAAAGGCGGAACUUGAGGCGUCUCUGGAGGCAGCAUCAGGCCAACCCAUAACGCUUCCAGGUCUCCCCCAUUCCAUUCUAGUCCGCAAGCACGAGGUGAUCGGUGCCUGGCGCUCGGAUCCCGAUUGGUCAAACUACAGGGAAAUCGUUCUGGCGGCAGAAGAAUCAGCCGACGGUGCGCUUGUCAACAGUUUCUACGAGCUCGAACCCCUGUACUUUGAGAGUUAUCGUGAGGCGACGCGUAAGCCAGUUUGGCCUGUUGGGCCGCUCUCGCUCUAUAAGGAAGAGCUGGAUGCGAAGGCUACGCGCGGGGGGGUUUCAUCUAUUGACAAUAAGCUUCUUUUCCAAUGGCUAGAUAAGCAGGGGGUCGGGUCAGUGGUGCUUGUUAGCUUCGGGAGCCUCGCACGCAACUCGAAGGCUCAGUUGGUGGAAGUUGGCCAUGGGUUGGAAGCUUCAGGCCGAGCUUUUGUGUGGGUGGUGAAGGAGGCGGAGGAGGGGCUGGAUGAAUGGAUGAGGGAGUUUGAGGAAAGGUUGGAGGGGAGGGGAAUGGUGAUAAGGGGAUGGGCACCACAAGCAGUGAUUUUGGAACACGCGGCGGUGGGAGGAUUCGUGACACACUGUGGGUGGAAUUCUGUGUUGGAAGCAGUGGCGGCAGGGGUGGUGAUGGCGACGUGGCCGCACUUCGGCGACCAGUUUUUGAACGAGAGAUUUGUGGUGGAUGUGUUGAAGAUUGGCGUGGCGGUUGGCGUCCAGGAGCCGACCAUGUUUGGGGCACAGAAUGGUAAUGAGGCGGCGGUGAAGGUGAAAAGGGGGCAGGUUGAGGAGGCUGUGGAGAAAUUGAUGGAUGGAGGAGAGGAAGGGGAGGAGAGGAGGGAGAGAGUGAGGGAGCUUAAGGAGAAGGCGAGGAUGGCCGUGGAGGAAGGUGGGUCUUCAUGGAAGGGAUUGCAGGAUGUAAUCGGUUUUGUUUCAGAGAGCCUCGAGAAGAAGGAGAAGAACUUGAUAGCUUCGCAUCUAGGCAAGCAUUUUCAAGUGUUUACACAUUCUACAGUUGUGUUUCUCUUUGUGCAGCAAAGCAGAUCGUCUUCCCCGCCACCCGCCAUGAGCUCCGAAGCUGAUGGCCAAAGCUCGGACACAAAACGUCUCCACUUCCUUCUCGUCCCCCUCAUGCAACAGGGCCACAUGAUCCCCAUGACCGACCUAGCCAGACUCCUCGCAUCCCGCAACGUUCUGGUCACCUUCGCCACCACCCCGGUCAACUUGGCCCGCAUCCAGUCCAUCGUCCACCGCACCGCCGCUCUCUCCCUCCCAAUCCGCUUCGUUGAACUCCCUUUCCCAGUUGCCAGUAUUGGCAUCCCCGACGGCUGCGAGAGCGUCGACCUCCUCCCCUCCGCCGACCUCAUCCUUCCUUUCCUGAACGCUCUAUUCCUCCUCCGAGACCCGCUCGAAGCCCACCUGCGCACUCCAGACCCGCUCGGAUGGCCUAAACCGGCAUGCCUCAUCUCCGACAACCUCCAUCAUUGGACCGCCGAUUUCGCCCUGUCCCUCAACAUCCCCCGCCUCAUAUUCCAUGGCCCAUCCUGCUUCUUCCUCUACUGCGAUGCCCUCAUCAACCACCACAGAGCCAAACUCGAGUCUGCGUUAAUGGAGGAAGCAUCCGUCAUGCUUCCAGGCCUCCCAUAUCCCAUUCGAGUGGGCAAGCGGGAGGUGAUCUCGUUAUUGAGCUCGGAUCCUAGCUUUUCCAAAUACAUGGAUACCAUUCGGGCAGCAGAAGAAUCCGCCGACGGUGUGAUUGUAAAUAGUUUCAUGGAGCUGGAGCCCUGGUACUUCGAGACAUAUAGCAAGACGAAGGGCAAGCCAGUGUGGCCCGUCGGGCCGCUUUCACUCUAUAAAGAAGAGCUUGAAACCAAGGCGGCUCGCGGGAAAGCUUCAUCUAUCGACAACAAGCUCCUAUUCCAAUGGCUGGACAAGCAAGCGGCCGGAUCAGUGGUGCUUGUGAGCUUUGGAAGUAUGAUUCGCAACACGAUGGCCCAACUGGUGGAGCUCGGCCACGGGAUAGAGGCGUCGGGCCGACCUUUUAUAUGGGUGCUGAAGGAAGUUGCAGAGAGGAAGAUCCCGGGGGUGGAAGAGUGGAUUGCAGAGUUGGAGCAGAGGGUGCAGGGGAGGGGAUUGGUGAUAAGGGGGUGGGCGCCGCAGGCGGUGAUAUUGGGACACGUGGCGGUGGGUGGAUUCGUGACACAUUGUGGGUUGAUGGCCACUUGGCCGCACUGCUAUGACCAGUUUUUGAACGAGAGAUUGGUGGUGGAGGUGCUCAAGGUUGGGGUGGCGGUUGGCGUUGCGGAGCCGAAGAUGUUGGGUGCAGAGAAUGGUGAGGAGGUGGUGGUGAGGAAAGGAGAGGUCGAGAGGGUUGUGGAGAUGUUGAUGGGGGGAGGAGAGGAAGGGGAAGAGAGGAGGAAGAGGGCGAGGGAGCUUGGGAAGAUGGGGAGGAUGGCCAUGGAGGAAGGUGGAUCUUCAUGGAAGGGAUUGCAGGAUGUAAUUAAUUAUGUGUUGGAGAACCAGAAGUAGUAGUGCAAGUGACUCUGAAUUGUUUUUCUUAGAGCGAGAUAUAUUAAUUUUUUUGUGAUUGUGUGAGUUAUUUGUCAAUAAUGGGAGAAAUAUUCGAGUACCUAUGCAGAGUUGUAUGUAUAUAAAGGUUACACUUAAGUUAUAAGAAGCAGUACAAGGUGUAUAACUUAAGUGUAACCUUCUAAUAACCUAAUAUGUACACAACUCUGCGACGUACAUGAAUAUUUCUCUGAUAAUGGAGAUUGAUGAUAAAUU